AUGAACACGGAGGUUGACUUCGUGAAAGCUCUGUCCCGUGAGUCCUGCGAAGCGAAUGGAGUGGCAUACCGUGCGUUCCACUGGUAUCCAGAUUUUAACGAAGAACAUGAACCAUCCAACGUCCCUGUGUGGAUCUUACUCCCUGGGUUACCGCCUAACUUCUACCAAGAAUCCUUUUUACGCAUAUUCUCUACACCUAUUGGACGUUUUAUACGUAUGGAUAAUCCCACACGUUGUGCGACUCGGACGGACGGGGCUAGGAUCUGUUUGGAGAUGGAUGUGGCCAAAGAACCCAUUCAUUAUUUCUGGAUAGGCACUCCUGGAUUGCCAACGAGCCGAAAGCAGGAAAUUCUUUAUGAAACAUUACCAGCGUAUUGUGGAAAGUGCAGAGUGCAGGGACAUAAUGUUAAGACAUGUCGUGUGGGGAAAAUCACGAAUGGUGAGAAAAAUCGUGGCCGUAAGAAAGAAGAAACAAUUCCUGGUGGAAAUAUAAAUGGGAACGUGCAGAAUGGUGAGACAUCAAAACCGGCAGUUCAUGAGAAAGAAGAGGGUGAGGUUGCGGAAGAGCAGGAUACCGAGAAAUUCAUGUCCUCUGCUCAGGUGAUUAAGGUUUUACCGAAACAGAAAGUCAUGUUGAGAAAGAAGAUGGAGAGCUUGUGCCCAAGGAGCUUACGGACAGGGGAGAGGUUGCGACCAAUGCGGAAGCAGGAACCAAACAUUCUGAUACUAAAGGAAGAUAUACCUGAAGAUGACCCAUGUUUGGAAGAUAUUGCUAUGAAAGAAAACCAGGAAAAUUUGUUAGAGGAUUUUGUGUUGUCUGAACCUGAUCCUGAGAUGCACCCGCAAAUUCUACCUCAGGACAAAGAUUAUUACUCAGAUAAUGAAGGCAUUGGCACUUCUAGUCGUCGGUUAAAAAAUUUGGUUUUUAAGUUCAAGCCUAAGCUUAUUCCGAUUUUGGAACCGUUCCAAAAUCAAAACAAAGCUCUUCGGUUGAUGAAUUCUCUACAUUUUGAUUCUUUUAUUUCUAAUGUUGAUGCUGGGGGUAAAAUUUGGAUUUUUUGGGAUAAUGUUCUUGAUGUUAAAGUGGUGAGGACAAGCUUGCAGUUUAUUUCUCUUCGUGUUAAUACAGGGUCUUAUCAGUUCUUGUGUAAUAUUGUUUAUGCUAAGUGCAGCAUGUAUGAGAGGAAAGUUUUGUGGGAGGAUCUCAGUUCUCAGUCUCUGGGUUCGGAACCUUGUUUAUUUGCUGGUGAUUUUAAUAUCAUCCGUAAUAAUUCUGAGAGAAUGGGUGGUUGUCCCCGUCCUAAUGCCACUAUGGAGGACUUCAACAAUUGGAUCCAUCAGGGUGGCUUGGUUGAAAUGAAAUCAAAAGGUAAAAAUUACUCCUGGUGCAAUGGGCAGUCAGGCCUUGCUCGGUCUUGGGCAAAAUUAGAUCGGGUAUUCAUGGAUGUUCCUUUGCUCUCUUCUUUCCCGAAUGCUAUUUGUUCUUAUCUUCCGCGCACAACCUCUGAUCACUCUCCUAUGGUUAUCGAAUUUAAGAUGGAUCCUUUCUCUUAUGGCCCCUCGCCUUUACAUUUCCAACAAAUGUGGGUGGACCAUCCGCAGUUUUUACAGCGUAUUCGUCAGGUGUGGUCUGCGACUGUUGUUGGCCAGGGUCUUACUAAAUUGGCAAUCAAAUUGAAAAAUACUAAGGUGGCUUUGCGGGAAUGGAACAAAAAAAAAUUUGGCCAUACCACCAUGCAUAUUACUGCGCUUGAAAGGCACGUUGAAGAGCUUGAUCAUAAAUUACAUAUAAACUGGGAUGAAUCUACGGAAAGGGACCUCCUCAUCUCGGCUGCGGAAUUUGAUAUUUGGCUUCGCUGUGAAGAUACAAGAUUGGUUCAGAUGUCUAAAUUAAAAUGGCAAAUGGUAGGGGAUCGGAAUACAAAGUUUUUCCAUGCGUGCCUUGCCAAUAAACGGCGCAAAAGAGUGGUGGAAAUGAGAUGUUGGAAUGGGAUGGUCUUCACUUCACCGGAGAGCCUUCAUCAAGGGGCAGUGGAUUUUUUUUCUAACUUUCUGCAAGGCAUGCCAAACAGAUCUCUUCCGAAUCUGUCAACUCUUAUUUCUCCUGUUAUUUCAGAUGCUGAUAGCGCUAUUCUGUGCUCUGUUCCUACAUUGAAUGAGGUUUUCUCAGCUCUCUCUUCUAUCCCUUCUAAUAGUGCUCGGGACCUAAUGGUUUUGGUUCGGGUUUUUACAAAAGUUGUUGGGAGGUUGUGA